GGAAAUGGUUAUUGAAAACCGAAGAAAAAAGCUAAGCGAUAAACAGGCUGAAACCGCAAACUGCGUCGGUGACUGGUAAAACUGAGAAUGUGACGGGUAAUAUAUUAUAGCAUGAACUUUUCGACGGACAGUUUGUAGGUUCUUAAGACAUAGCUAAACACGAUUAGCUACUUUUGGAGGUGAGAAGAAAGGCAUACAAUGCCGUGGGAGCGCUUUUUGUCAUCUUCGGCUUUCCUUGCUCUUCCUCAUUUACUGACUGCGUAAGGACGUACUCAAAACAAGAAACAAUUGUAUCGAUAACUGAAGCUAGCUAUAACCAGAACACGUGCUAAUUUACAAUGGCGGAUAGCGUAGGAGAGGUUGCUAAUGGUGAAAUUGGGUUAGGUGUUGGUAGUCAGGGAAAUGGAGCUCCGCUGUUACCGAGUUUGGGUAAUUCUCUGCCGGGCCACUCGACGAGUGGAGCUAACCCGGCCUCGCCAUCCCCAGCAGAGGCUGCGGAGACUGGCCUUGCCGUCAUGGCCCCUGGAGCUGCAACUACCUCAGCCAUGGGGACUGGGAGCGGGUUUGGAGGUGCAGGUACUCUUAGCGCGGUAGUGUGCUCUGCCAUUCCAAUACCCACCUACUCGGCCACCAAUGCUCUGCCGGGCGGUAUCGGUUUGGGGGUGGCCGGAGCGGGCCUCUUGUCCCAUAUUCACGCAACGUCCUGGGACCCAACACUAAGUGCCGACUGGGACAACGAGAAGACGUCCCAGCAAUGCAUUCUCCGAAUCAAAAGGGAUAUAAUGUCCAUCUACAAGGAGCCUCCCCCGGGUAUGUUUGUAGUUCCUGACCCUCACGACAUGACUAAGAUCCAUGCCCUCAUCACAGGACCCUUCGACACGCCCUACGAAGGAGGCUUCUUCCUCUUUCUGUUCCGCUGCCCCCCGGACUACCCCAUCCACCCCCCACGGGUCAAGCUCAUCACCACUGGCCAAAACACUGUGCGCUUCAACCCCAACUUUUACCGUAACGGCAAAGUAUGCCUCAGCAUCCUCGGUGGUGUUGGUCAGUCUCGAGAACCUACAGGGAGUUCAAAAGCUUGCACUCCGAAGAAUACAAUUGAGCUACUAUUCAGUCUACAGACUUGGACAGGGCCAGCAUGGAGCCCGGCCCAAAGCAUCUCCUCAGUUCUGAUCUCCAUCCAGUCUCUGAUGACUGAGAACCCUUACCACAAUGAGCCAGGCUUUGAACAGGAGAGACACCCGGGGGACAGCAAGAACUACAAUGAGUGCAUCCGCCAUGAGACCAUGCGCGUGGCUGUAUGUGACAUGCUGGAUGGGAAGGUGCCCUGUCCAGAAGCCCUGUGGAGUGUGGUGGAGAAAUCAUUCCUGGAGUACUAUGACUUCUACGAGGGGGUCUGCAAAGAGAGACUACACCAACAGGGACAGAACAUGCAGGACCCUUAUGGAGAGAAGAGGGGUCGCUUCGAUUACCAGGGCCUACUGGCACGCUUGAGUGCCACCCAGAGGCGCAUACGGGAGAAGUGCCCACCGGAGGACAACGAUGAGCACUCUGACUCGGACACCAGCUCCUCAGGCACAGACCCAGAUAGCCAGGGCAGCUCCCAGCCUUAGCCACCUGAUGGCGCCACACUACUUAUAUUUUUCAGGAUGGUUUUGGCACAAGCGAGAUGUUGGAGAGGGGGAAAGGCUUGAUAUCAGGAAGCACUUAUGAUACAAAGGCAGGGGAUAGCUAAUGACUGUUUUGAUUGGUUCUUUUUCCUUCCCCUGCAAUCAUAAGUGCCUUUUGAUUUAAUUAUUUGUUUUUAUUUUUCAACUGUUGUAAGUAAACAAUGCUAGUGUUGGGAGUUUGGCUUGUAGAAAUGGACACUAGUUGUUUUGAAAGCAAUUUGUCAUAUUCUGCCUUUAGUUGUCUUUUGUUUUCCCACGCCUGAUUGGAUUAGGAAGUAGAAGGGAAAUCUGAAAUUGCCCAUUCUCAAUAUUCAGUCAGUACAACCACAUCGAUCGUAUAAAUCAGAUCACCAACUUCUAUUCUUUCAUACAUCGGUACAUACACCUCAGACUAUCCACUUCUAAAGUCCCAUUGUCUCUUAUGAUCUUUCCUUAAUCUGAACAGUACUUAAUACAAUUAUGAACAGUCAUAAUUACAUUAUGAAUUCAUUUGUUUAAAAAAAUAAUUUAAACUCCACUAAUGCCUAGUACAAAAUAUGUACAGUUGUGGCCAAAUAUGUAGGCACCUUUGCACUUUACAGUGGAACAGAUUGUAGUAGUGGUUAAAGCUUUGAGGCCAGUAACUGAAAGGUUGCUGGAUCGAAUCCCCGAGCUGACAAGGUAAAAGUCUGUCAUUCCCCCCUCCACACCUCUGAUUCAGAGUGGUUGGGUUAAAUGGGGGACACACAUCUCAGUUGUACAACUGACAAGGUAUCCCCCUUUCCCUUUAAUAUUUCUUAUUUUCAAAACUGGUUGGGUGGCUUCCUUUUUUUUUUACCCUGUAGGCACUUGCAAGUUAUGACAAGUGAGGAAAAAUUGCACAUCACUUGCCUCCAACCAAAUUUAUUAGAAUUCCAAUAAUGACUUUAAAAUCAAAAUGUCAGUUUUGAUAAAAACAUGUCUUGGUCCUGUGCAGAUGUAAAUCAAACAAAUAUAGGUGUGAACUUAUUUGAUAAGAAAAUAGUGAAUCGUUCAAGGGUGCCAAUAUAUUUGUCUGUAUGUGUGUGUGUAUAUGUGAGCACAGCGAGAGAUUUUAUUAUGGUCUGUGGGCAGUGUCUUCAAAUAAUUUUCUGUUGACUGAAUGCUAAAGCCUGCAUGGGAAGGUUUUUUUUUCUCUUUUUCUCCCCUAUGCAUGACAACAAUGCUCUCUGAAUCAAUGUUUGAUGUGUAUGAUUAUCAUUGAGCUAUAGUGUUGUAGGUUAAACUUUCAAGAGAUGGUUUUCUUCUCUGAUUCUAAAAUGCUGGUAGAGACUAAUAGGAAUGCCAAAAAAGCCAGAUUUGCCAUUUGACCUGUCCCAUUAAACCAAUGCAACGUUUACCAUUGCAUUUUUCAUUGGAAGGCAAUGGACUGGUGCCUCUUCAGCUCCAUUUAGCAGAGUCGGCCGUUACCAAACAGUCACAGACCUGUGUUAGACCUCCAUGGUGUCACCUUUUCAGUCAUCUGAAAGCCACCGCCAGGAUUUCAAAUGAGCCAUGGGAAAUGUUUUAUGAUGGUAACAAGAAAUACCGGACACCUGCUUCAAGGCCGUGUGAACUUUAUUUUAGAGUUUUCGCCUGCGAUGGGUUACUGUAGAUUGGUUUGUAGAAUGAUCUUAUGUCGGUUUUGGCCAUUUUUUAAGCGCUAAAAUGUUUUACGUUGGCAUACAUAUAUGGUGUCAGAAGUGCGUUCCACAGGUUGACACAGUCUAAGGUACAAGUUCUAUAUAAACCUAACCUGGCAGUAAGAUUGACAACUCAAACGGAAAAUGGACUUCAGGUGACCAAGGAGGAUAAAAAAAAAAAAAGUUUUUACGGUAAACCGUAUGACCCGUUAGAACCAGUGGUCUUUUCUGCUGUAAGGGGUAGAUCUUAUUUUUUCAUAUUAAUGUGGAGUUGUUAUUCUUGCUUUGAAAGACAUAAAGUCAGAUCUCCUUUCGAGACUUCUGCCCGAGCCACAAUCGUUUGUCUCUUGAAUAGUCCCCCUUCAAAGUGUCACGAAACUUUGUGCCUGUCAGCCAGUGCAGCUCACCAAUAACCUCUACUGAGGCCUCAAAGGCUCUUCAUCUUUCUGGUUUUAUCAAAACUGCUUAAAGGUAUAGGGGUCUGAACACCUCCACUGUGUCACUUGGUUUGUAAUCCUAUCUAGCAAGGUGUAAAGAAUUAUACCGUUGUCUUCAGUCCUUAUUGCAUUUUGAAACUACGCACUCAGGAUACAACAAAACCUCUUGCUUUGUAAUGGACUGUCUGGACCACAAUCUACUGUCUAAUUGAGGGGGCCAGCUCCAGUGAAGAUUGGCACCCAAAACAGGACGGGACCACACCCUUCUUUUCCUCUCAUGGACAUGUUUUUCUAUUCCCUCCCAUCUGGGUGCAUUUCUGCUCAGUUCUCUCAGUCGAUUGGGACUUCCUCUCACAGGAAAUAAUGUUGUAUUUAAUAAAUCUCAUAUUUGAGAUAAUACUGCUAACUUUGUUUGCGAAGAAUGAAAAAAAAAUCUAUAUGUUUAAUGUAUGAAUCUACUGCAAAUGAAACUAUUCAAGCAAAUAUCCUACUGGCCAGCUCCACUGCAAAUGAGUAGGUGUGAGAUGACACUUCGUGCUAAAUAUAGCAACCAGUUAGUUUGAAGCCUUGUUAUGGUUUGGUGUGUAUAUUCCUGUAUCAUUCUGAUGGGACCCUUCUAUUAUGUCCCUUUUCUGAUGGUUUGUGCCCCCAACCCAGAGUAUCGAUCGGAAUUCCUUUUACUAAGGCAUCUUCAAUCGAUAAUGGUAUUUGCAUUUAGGUGUUUUCAGGAAGUGAAGUAUGUAAAGUGUAGAAACUUCUAGAAUAAAUGUUGGCAAGGCCAUGGGCAUAAUUAAAAAUAAUAAUAAAACCGGGAGAGCUCAUCGAUCUCAAUGAGUUAAGUAACAUUUGUAUUGAGGCCCAUUGCGUUAGAUGUCUCAGUAUCUCCUGACCUUCAAUCUAUGUCAUUUUUUUAUGACAGGGUUUCCCCACACGGUCCUGGGCCCCUCCCCCUUUGGUGCACAUCAUGUUUUUUGCCCUAGCACUACACAGCUGAUUUAAAUAACCAACUCAUCAAGCUUUGAUUACUUGUUUCAGCUGUGUAGUGCUGGGGCAAAAAAAUACGUGCCCCCAGGACCAUGUUUGGGGAAACCCUGGCCUAGCAGUACAUUCCCACAGGGGUGCUCAACACUCUAAUGGCCAUUCAUUCUCAGUCAAGGGUAAGUGAAUGGUUUACACUUUUUGAGUUAACAGAAGAUGUGGGACCCAUUUUAGGCCUUGACUUCCAGGCCAAGGCAUUAGUCCCAGGACUUUCACCGCCAAGUUUAUGCAAGACUAUUUUCAUCUGACUUCAUCUCUGUUUUCAUUAUAUUGUGUAUGUAAAAAAAUAUAUAUAAUAAAAUAUACCAAUGGCUA